UUCCUUGACACCCGCCUCUUCUUCGUCCGCGCAUUUGCUCGUAUUAUUCUCCGCCUCCUUCGUGGUGAUGUAUAGGAUUCGUCCUCGGCUUCUCGGUUGCGGUGGCGUCGUCGUUCUCGCGUCUUGGUGAAGAUCCCUCGAUCGGUUCGCGCGGUAGAGCUGAACCUGCCAAGCUUGAAUUUGGCGGAAACCUCCAUUUUGGGAGUGUCCGAAGGUUUAUUGCUCGGUUUGGUUUGGAUUUUGGAUUUUCCGUGGUGUUCCGGAGAGGCGGAUUGGUUUCAAGUUUGGAAAUUGCGAAAAGAUUUCUGGUUGGAUUUGGGUUCUCGCUGAGAACAUUGGAAUCUUAUGCUCAAGGAGUGGAGCAAAUUACACGUUUUUUGUCACUUUGGUUUUUCGUUGCCUCAGAUCUGUGCUAACGGUGGAAAAUUAUCGCCAAAGGCGGCGCCUUUCUGGUGCAGCGCUUGCGGUGAAUCCGGAGGUGGUGAAAAGAGGGCGCCUUUACGCCUCCAACGGCCGUUAAAGAACGAAGCUCCGUCCGUUUCGAAGGGUGGCAGGGAGAAAAAAAGCAGGGGGCGUCGCCCGAGGCCCUUCUGCUAGAGUUUCUCUGUCACGAGGAGCAAAAGCGUCAAUUUUGCAGAGGGGUCAGAGGAAGGAGUUCAGAUGCUCUUUUAGCUGUCGCAUCUUUUCCGAAGCAAUCGAGGACCCGCUGGCCUUUUGCUAGGGCGUCUGUUCGAGGGAAGAACUUAUGGUGCUGCUUCAGAGUUAAUGCGGUAAUCAGGAGGGCUUUUAUUAGUAUGUAAGCUGCUUUUCAGAACUCGGAACUGCAGAGCCAACUGUUCUUGUUGUUUUCUUCUGUAAAGUCCAGCGUUCUUAUAAUUUCCUUGAGAAAUUUCAGUCAGUUGUUAUGGCUUCGGCACCACCAAACAGUUCAUCCGCAAGGCUCGGUUCAGGGCCCUGUGGAGAUGUCUUGUACCAGGAACUAUGGAAAGCUUGUGCAGGGUCUUUGGUUACUCUACCUCGUGAAAAAGAAAGGGUUUAUUACUUUCCCCAAGGCCAUAUGGAGCAGCUUGAAGCAUCAACAAAUCAAGAGCUUGACCAGCAAAUGCCUUUGUUUGAUCUUCCAUCAAAGAUCUUAUGCAGGGUUGUCCAUGUUGAACUCCGGGCUGAACCAGAUACAGAUGAAGUAUAUGCGCAGAUUACAUUGCAACCUGAAGUAAAUCAAGAUGAAGUUACCAGCCCAGAUUCACCACUGGCUGAGCCCGAAAGGUGCAAUGUCCGUUCCUUCUGUAAGACUCUAACUGCAUCAGACACAAGCACUCAUGGGGGUUUCUCAGUUCUUAGAAGGCAUGCAGAUGAGUGCCUUCCUUCACUGGAUAUGUCCCAGAACCCACCUUGGCAAGAAUUGGUUGCCAAAGAUCUUCAUGGGAAUGAAUGGCAUUUUCGUCACAUUUUUCGAGGACAGCCCAGGCGCCAUCUGCUCACUACUGGUUGGAGUGUCUUUGUUAGCUCAAAGAAAUUGGUAGCUGGUGAUGUAUUUAACUUUCUCAGAGGUGAGAAUGAUGAGCUGCGAGUCGGUGUGAGAAGGCUUAUGAGGCAGCCAAAUAACAUGCCAUCGUCAGUCAUAUCCAGUCAUAGCAUGCAUCUUGGAGUUCUGGCUACUGCAUCUCAUGCUAUUGCUACUGGGACUCUUUUUUCUGUUUUCUACAAACCAAGGACAAGUCGAUCGGACUUCAUCAUAAGCGUCAACAAGUAUCUUGAAGCCAAGAAUUAUAAAUUCUCUGUUGGGAUGAGAUUUAAUAUGAGAUUUGAAGGUGAUGAAGCUCCAGAAAAAAGGUUCAGUGGCACUAUUGUUGGUGUGGACACAACAUCUCAAUGGGCAGGGUCAGAAUGGAGAACUUUAAAGGUUCAAUGGGAUGAACCUUCGUGUAUCCGGCGUCCAGACACAGUUUCUCCGUGGGAAUUGGAACCACUUCUUGCAGCUGCUCCUCCAACCUUUCAACCAGUGCAGAGAAACAAACGUACACGACCAUCAGCUGCACCGGCUGUAUCAUCAGAUCUUACCCCAGCAUUUGGUUUAUGGAAAUCCACCGCUGAGAGUACCCAAAAUUUUUCAUUUUCUGGGUUGCAGGGAGGAAAAGAACUGUGUGCACCAUCCUGCCCCACAUCUGUGUUCCCAUCAGCAUCAAAGCCUGAGUCAAUUGAAUUUAAUGGAAAUAAUGGACCAUCAGCUAUUAAUGGCGCCAUGUACUGGCCAUUCAGGACAGAACCUCAAACUGAUUCCUUGAUGGCAGACAUAAAUAAAGAACAAAGUGAAAAGAAGCAGGAAACUAGCACAGGCUGCUGGCUGUUUGGAAUUCAGCUAGUUGAGAGCUCUGCAGUAGGGGAACUCUCUCCACUGACUACCAAUUCUUGUGUUGGAGAGGAACAAGCAGUAACAUCGUUGGAUGUGGAAUCAGAUCAACAAUCUCAACCAUCAAACAUCAACAGGUCUGAUGCCCUCGCUGUCAGCAGUGAGCCGGAGAAGUCAUGCUUAAGGUCAACCCAAGAGUGUCAAAGUAGACAAUUGAGGAGCUGCACCAAGGUUCACAUGCAAGGAAUGGCAGUUGGGAGGGCAGUGGAUCUGACUAGAUUUUAUGGAUAUGAUGAGCUUCUUCAGAAGCUGGAAGAGAUGUUUAAUAUUGAGGGAGAGCUCUACGGUGCAGCAAAAAAGUGGGAGGUCAUCUACACAGAUGAUGAGGAUGACAUAAUGAUGGUUGGUGAUGACCCAUGGCAUGAGUUCUGCAGCAUGGUGAGAAAAAUAUACAUCUACACUUGUGAGGAGGCCAAAAGGCUGACUCCCAGGGUGAAGCUUCCGGCUGUUGGCAAGGUCAUCAGGCCUUUGCCCAAGAAAGCCUCUUGUGAUGCUGAUGCAACCGAAAACAGCUCGAAAGAUCAGGCUCUGGUUGCUGAUUAGGGUUGCUGACACUAGAAGGUAGUGCAUGUUGUGUUCUUUGUGGUAGGCCGGCCAGCCAGCCGGCUUUGUGUGCGUACGUAGACCGUCUUUGUUCUUUCCGAAGCUGCUCGACCAAGGCAACAGCUAACGAUGGAGGAGCAGUUCAUAAUUAGGUGGUCGUAGCAGGAAAUAUGAAAACCCAGGUGAUCGGCACCCAAAACCGGCUCCUGUCAGAUCUUGGUGGAGAUGGGAAAGGAAGUUGGAUAGAGGAUGAUGGAAGUCACUACCGUCUUCUUUUCCAUGCCAUCAAAUAGAACUUGUACAUAUCUUCUCCACUGUGAUACUUACAUUGUUGCUUUGUCCAAUCUGUCAAGCAAGUUUCUUCCCUCAAGUACGUGCAUUGUUUGUUUUCCUUGUGUUAUGACUUCCACUCCAUAUGUUACCUCACAUGAAACUUUCAUCGGUUAGGAACAUGCACCAUAAUAAAUAGAGAACUUGUUUGCCUUAUCUA